GACAGAUAAAAGUCCUUUCCAUCGGUUUUCGGAAAUUUUACACAUAAACAAGAAAAAAGUAAACAUUUUUCUUUUUGAAUUAAAAAAUUGACAUUGAUUACAAUUUAAAAAGUGUAAACAAUCAUUAAGCGCAAUGGAAAAAAUCGACACAAAUUCAGAAAAUGCAAUAGAAGGCUGGUGUCAACAACUGGACACCGGAAAUACUCAAGAUCUUAUAAGCACGCUGCAGGACAUAUCCAACAUCUAUCGACCCGGCAAUGAAGAAUCAUUUAGGAAAAUUCAGCAAAAACUCCAUCAACUCAUAAUCCGAUCCUCAUCUGGCUUCCGUAGUGCAAACGUAGUUAUCCUGAAUUCAAGCUUGCGCACCUAUUUCCACAUCCUUCAUCGAUCUGGCACUGUUGACACUUUCUUCCAGGACCUCGACGGGAAGCCCAAAGAAGCGCCCUUUAUCCUCUAUGCCAUGCUUAGCACGGACUACCACAAAUGCCUGAAACAGGAAUACUUGCAAGAGAAAUGCCUCUGUGAGCUCUCCCGAGCCAUUGAGUCUAACUUUUCGCACUUGGUACCGGUUCUUAGGGCCCUAAACCUUCUACACAAAAAAUACAACAUCCCUCAACAAAACAUUUCCUUGGAAAAAAUCUACUCGUGCAUGCAAAGCAAUCGGCUUGGAGCUCGCGAUGAAGCUCUCAUCCUAUUUCGCUACUCAACUCUCGGCCUGCAGGAGUCGGUGCAACUCUUCAACUUGAUCAACAACUACUGGCCUUGGACGAACAAAAACAAGUACUAUUUGCUCUCUGUCAUCCUCUCCAACCACAACCUGCAGGUUCUCUCGAAAAAGUGUGAGUUCAACGAAGAAGACUUCUUCAACGGACUGCGUCUGGGACUGAGCUAUAAGAGCACCUUUUCAGCUAGCCAGUCACUUGUUCGAGCCCUCUCCAAGCAACACAGUCACCAGCUUCUAGAACUAUCCAUCGAAAUUUUGAGGAACGGCACCGAAAGGGAAAUUGUAAAUUUCCACACUCAGUGGUUCACUCACAUCAUUCAAAAGGACGAACUCUAUCGAAUGCUCCAGCUCGAGGAUUCCAGGGAGAUCUCAUUCCGGUACAUAUUCUUGGUGUGCAUUUUCUCGAAGCAAAUCAUUCUAGCUUCAAAAGACCUCGGUGAAUUGGCAGGAUUCUUCCGGGAUAACUGCUUCAUUCUUACAAUGGACACGCAGAUGUAUGUCUUCAAGUUUUUCGUCGACAAUUUAGCCAGUUUGGAGUUCCAGAGUUCGCUCGAGUUCCUCAGCGAAUUCAUCGAAAUGCACAGGUGCACGGAAUGCCCCCAAGUGCGGCAUACGAUCCUGGGAAAGUUCCCCAUUAUCUUUAAUUUCAUUGCAAAAAUGUUUUGUACAUUGAAUUCGGAGUCCCGAGCACCUGUGGCUGGGUUCUUCCGGAAGCUCUUUGAAUUGAUCUCGAAGGACAUGCAGAACGCCUUGUACCAGCCUCUGAUAUUCUCCCUCAAGGCCAUGGACAGGAUCCUGCAGAUUCUCUUCUCUUCGAGCAGCAAAAAUGUCUCGAAAGCUUGCAAACUCGAACAGAACCAGCAACUGGGCGAGUUUCUGUUGAAGGAAAAGAUAUUCGAUGUCGCAACCAUGAGCAGAACUGCCUUUGAAGUUCUCAACUCCCCCGAAUGUUAUGACGACGCAAGGGAAUUGGUGGUCAACAUAAUAAAGCAAUUGAAGGUGCAGAAUCUGCGAGAAGCUAGUCGAAGAUGCGCUGAAUGCAGUGAGAGCAUAGAGGUCGAUGAAGUUGCCCAGUGUGCGAUCUUUGCUAGACUGUGCAUCCAUUGCAGUCAUUACGAUGGCCAAGCGACGGAGUAUCCACGCGAACUACUUAGCUACAGCAUCAGAAGAGUUCGAGAGAUCAUAAAAGUUCUUGAAUCGGAUCCAUUGAAUGUUUGUAAGAACGAGGGACAUAUCUUUGGACACAUGAGCGUCAUCAAUGAAGUUCUCAACGAGGAGAAGAGUUCGUUAGGGUUUGAAUUUGCGGAUGUCUUGAAGACAGUGGAGGAUGUUAUUUUGUUACAUUUGAAAUUGCUAAAUGCCGCAGCCAAGGAAGGAAGCACCGCAGCUAGUUUCCAGGUCAUGGAUGAGAGUCUACAAUUGCUUGUCGAAAAAUCGGUCUACGAACGAAAGAACGACGAAGAGUGUCGAAAGUUUUUGAUGCUUUCUUUUUGGAUGGCUUUGAAGACAUCCUGCGAAGUUGCAACAACAAUCGGGCGCAUACUCACAGAAAAAGCAGAAGCUGAUGCUGAAAUCUUGAAAAUUGUUGAAAAGUGCUUGAAUGUAAGCGUAACGGUUUUGCUUCGCUGUAGACAUAAAGGAGCCAUUGAAGCAGCUGGCGUUACCUUAGGAAAACUGGUAAAGCUGUUAACAUCGCAUUCAGAUGAUUCCAAAUGCUACGGAAUCGUAUACAAAUGCUUAGAUUUGCUAUUUGAGAAAGUCAAUCAAAUAAGUACAACCCGGCGGGGAGCUGGACUCACGAUAAUGUUCCUGCAUCUGGUUAAGAACGAGUUCAGAAGAGAACGCCCUCUAACCCACAGAGCUGUAAAGAUGCUCAUUGAUCGCAUCGAAAACGCCACCGAUGAGGCGUCCUCAGCAAGCUGUGCGGAAAAUACAUAUCAAGACGAAUCCGAACAGAACUUCGAUAGCGUGCACGCUCUGGUUCUGCAUUAUCUGUGCGUGGUGGUCAAAGACACCGAACUGCGUGACACAGUGUCCGAGUACUACGAUGAGAUUAUGAUGGCUGCGGUGUUGAGAAUUGACAAUCCCGAAUGGACCAUAUGCAAUGCGGCACUGCAACUCUUUGGGGCACUUGUGCCGAAGAUCGUUGGCCAGAAACAAGCUACAGAGAUGGUCAUCCCAGUUUGCUGGGAACCAACUGAGGUAACCUUCCUGGAGGUCAACUUGAAGCUACCCCGCACGUGUGAACAUAUCUUGGAAUCUUGCUGCAGGGUCGGCAAGUCAAAUGUCUCCACCAGAAAGUUGAUUCUCUUCCUGGAAUUCCUCUCCAAUGUUGAGCAUCUAAAGAAAGGUGAACAGUCGAUAUCUCCCAUGUUGGAACGGUUCCGUGAGCUUUUUUGGUCGUUACUCUCGCAUGAAUGCGAAAAAGUUCGCAAACUAGGCGCCACGUGCUUUGUGCGAGCACACGAAUUCCGUGAAGACCUCCCAGUUGUGCUUUUGCAAUUGGCCGAAAUAAUCUUCAAGGUCCGCAGUGAGAACUUCUUCCAGGGGCUCCUGUUUGCUAUCAACGAAGGCAUUCACAAGAUCGACGUCGAAUGGAAGUACACCAGUGUCCAGAGCGUCGACGAUUUUCUAGAGAUUUUACGCAACACAUUCCGAGCUUCGUACAAGUACCGAUCGCUCAGCUUCUAUACUCGGGCAAUUCUGAUGGACUUUUUCCUCCUCACCGGUCUGGAUUUGAAAGAAGAAAUGGUCAUGGAAAUCGUGCAGAAGGAACAGAAAGUGAAUUCAGCCGAAAGACAGUCGUUCGGCUUUGAUUUGUGGCGCGAGAAGGUCUUGGAAAACAAAGCCUAAAAUAUAAUUCGCAUUUAUUUGAAAAAUUGUUGUAUUUUUUGAGAUGUUUUUAUUUUUAAUUUUUAAAGAGUUUAAGCUUAAAAAGUGUGAAGCUCUAGUCAUAGUUUUACAGAAUAUUAAUAUAUUUACUUUUAUUGUUGUAACA